UAAGCUGACGUCAGCCCGGUACCGAUGAACAACCGGUGGCGGUGAGCAGAGUGAGCCCGUCGCGUGACCGUCUACCGAGCCGACAUCAUGCCUUUCGAUGUGAGGAGAUUUGAUAUCUACAGGAAAGUUCCCAAAGAUCUCACCCAGCCCACGUACACGGGAGCCUUCAUUUCCAUCCUCUGCUGCUUCUUCAUCCUCUUCCUCUUCCUGUCUGAGCUGACGGGCUUCAUCGCCACAGAGCUAGUCAAUGAGCUGUAUGUGGACGACCCCGAUAAAGACAGUGGAGGGAAGAUAGAAGUGAGUUUAAACAUCAGUUUGCCACACUUACACUGUGAUUUGGUGGGUCUGGACAUCCAGGACGAGAUGGGUCGCCAUGAGGUCGGUCACAUCGACAACUCCAUGAAGAUCCCUGUGAACCAGGGAGAGGGCUGUCGCUUUGAGGGAGAGUUCACCAUCAACAAGGUACCAGGGAACUUCCACGUGUCGACGCACAGCGCCACAGCUCAGCCCCAGAGUCCGGACAUGACCCACCACAUCCACAAGUUGUCCUUUGGAGAGAAGCUGCAGGUGCAGAAGAUACAAGGAGCCUUCAACGCGCUGGGAGGGGCUGACCGGCUGUCCUCUAACGCGCUGGCCUCACACGACUACAUCCUGAAGAUCGUCCCCACGGUGUAUGAAGACCUGUCGGGCAAGCAGCGGUUCUCCUACCAGUACACGGUGGCCAACAAGGAGUACGUGGCCUACAGCCACACGGGCAGAAUCAUCCCGGCCAUCUGGUUCCGAUACGACCUGAGUCCGAUCACAGUGAAGUACACGGAGCGGAGGCAGCCGGUGUACCGCUUCAUCACCACGAUCUGCGCCAUCGUCGGCGGGACGUUCACAGUGGCAGGAAUCAUCGACUCGUGUAUCUUCACGGCUUCAGAGGCCUGGAAGAAGAUCCAGAUCGGGAAGAUGUCCUGAGGACUCCUGCAUCCUAUUUAUGAUCCAGUGGAUCCACUGGAUCCUCCUGGAGCUUCGUUCAAGGCUCUGGAUCCACUGCAGGCUGAGCUCCUCUCAGGCUGGACAUCACAGGGACUCUGGCCCCUCUGCUCUUCAGGAACUCUGUUUCUGACUCUGUGCUCUUCAGGAACUCUUUGUUUCUGACUCUGUGCUCUUCAGGAACUCUUUGUUUCUAACUCUGUGCUCUUCAGGAACUCUUUGUUUCUGACUCUCUGCUCUUCAGGAACUCUUUGUUUCUGACUCUGUGCUCUUCAGGAACUCUUUGUUUCUGACUCUGUGCUCUUCAGGAACUCUUUGUUUCUGACUCUCUGCUCUUCAGGAACUCUUUGUUUCUGACUCUGUGCUCUUCAGGAACUCUUUGUUUCUGACUCUCUGCUCUUCAGGAACUCUUUGUUUCUGACUCUGUGCUCUUCAGGAACUCUUUGUUUCUGACUCUGUGCUCUUCAGGAACUCUUUGUUUCUGACUCUCUGCUCUUCAGGAACUCUUUGUUUCUGACUCUGUGCUCUUCAGGAACUCUUUGUUUCUGUGGAGAUGAGUUCUGUGUAUUUAAAGUCUACCUGAUUCUCUUUGUUCAUCUCCUCAUCGUGACUCUCAGUCCGGUCCCGGACCUGCAGACCGGUCCCGGACCUGCAGACCUGUGUUCAAUGCCACUGGCUCUAAACUACCUGUACACUGUUUAUGAAUUAUCAUUUGAAGGAAGUUUAAAGUGUUUCUGUCUCACAGUAUUUUGAAUCCUGUGACUUCCUAUGUUCUCCUUCUCCGGUGUUCACUGCAUGUGCCUCUCCCUCCAUCACUGUCUCUCUCUCUCUCUCUCCCUCCCUCUCAUGAUUACUUUGUAAAUUCACUUUUUAAGAGAUUUUUGAUAAAUACAGGGAUCAUUGAUUAUUUUUCAGUCCAUUUGAGACAAGUCAUGAAUGCUGUUUGAUGACAUAUUUUAUUUUACCAUCCUUUUGAAUUAUUGUAAGAGAAGCGUCUGUUAGUCUCUAAGAUUGAUUUAGUUUGUUUGACACGUACAGGAACUCAUGGAGUGGGAAGUUGUACAUUGUAAUGAGGAUUUGGUUUUGUAAGAACUUGGCUCCGCCCCCUGGUGGCUCCGCCUCCUGUCACGUUCCCUCCAGUAAAGCUGCAGAGAAGC